GGUAGAGAGGGAAACAGGAACAGAAAGUGAAGACUUGUCAAGAUGUCUGGGUGAGGGGGACCAGAACAGAGCAGAAACCAGAUGCCAAAACAGAAACAACAGAAGUUUGAGCAGCUGACUGGAUUAGACAGGAGGGGCGAGUUGACCUGCCACUUCACAUGUGCCUGCGAGUCGUACCAAACCUCUACAGACAAGUGAAGCAUAAAGUUGAGGAGUCUUUGAGUACAGCAGGAAGGGUGGCAUUAACUUGUGACGCCUGGACUUCAAGACACACCCAUAUUUAACCACCUCUCUGCAAAACUAAACUGAAAGCCAAAGGGCAGGAGGACAGGAGAAGACUCAGGAAGACAAAGGGAAAGAAAACAGUCCAUGGGAUGCCAAGCAGCGUAAACAAACUUGGCUGAAACACGGAUUUUCAUCAAGAUCAUCACAACGGGGCCAUUUCAAAGAAAACCUUGUUAUACACAAAUCAGGUUUUGGUCUUUUUGAUUUGUUUAAAGAACGCGUUGGCUUUGUAACCACCUCACAGGACACUUCAAGGAAGAGGCCAUACAUGAAGUCAACCUCCAUGCUUCCAGCGUUUCCAUUUAACAUAAACAACCCAAGCCUGAGCGCAUAUACAACAAGCCUCAUCAGAUAGAGCUGUAAACUCUGAUCUUUAGAAGCAGAAAACAGGAGCACAUGAAAGUUUAAUGUAUCUGACCUGACAGCUGCUGGGUCGGUGGGCGUUUGAUGUUUUGUUGAGCAAAGAAUAAAACUUCAUAUUGUACAACUUUAAAGCUGGAACCACAUUAUGAUAAAGGAGGUAAAUUAACUCCAUAUCUUGAUAAUCCGUGUGACUCCAGCUGCCUAAUAUGCACAUUUACUGACUCGCAAACUUCACAACCCUCUAAAGGAUUUAUUAAAACUUUACAACUGCCAGAGAGCGUCAAUUAACAGGAGUCACAGCUCCGUAUCCAAAAGCCAUGGAUGGAAGAACAGACAGCAUCCAGGAUUUUUUCAACCAACUUUGGAGCUUCGCUACAGACAAGCACGACCAGGGGGUCUUCAACACUGUCUGUCUGGUGGUCCUCCUAACUCUUCCCCUGCUGGUGCUCCUCACCACUUUUGUCGUGUGCUGCCACUGCUGCUGCUGUCGCCAUGCCAACAGCUGCUGUUGCUGCUGCUGCAAAGACGCCAUGGCAACCGCAAGGUCAGAAACGAAGAAGAAAAAGAAUUCAGCCAACACUGAAGACUUGUGGAUCUCUGUCAAGACAGGGCCGAUGACGCCUGACAGGGUCGCCCUGGCCAUGGUGUAGGAAUCCAUUUUAUAUUUUGAAAUUUCUGAUCCUGGGUCAGUUGGUGCAGUCGAGCUGACCAAGCUUCUCAAAAGAGUGAAACUCGAACCAGCUCGAACUCAAAGGACACUUUAGACCAAUGGGAGAGACCUCACAUUGUCAUGGGCACAGAUUUGGUUGUAAACAGUGUACAGAUUCUUGUUAUUUUGUAAUCAUGUGAUGUCAUGUGUGGAAAAUGUUUACAACAUUUUGUAUGAUCUUUUUAGUGUGUGGUACAUAAAGGAAGAAAUAUGCAGAGCCAUAUAUACCUGCAAA